GCAGGGACCGGCAGUGUAGACCAAAACUCUGAAGACGAUCAAUCUCCAGAACGCGCCAACGUUCAAGUCGUAAAAAUCGUGUGCGUAAGGCACCGGGCGUGAUCGAACCCCGCGUAGGGACAGUUAUAGAGUAGAAUUGUGGUUUUGCAAGUGACCAUUGUGGCACCGUGUCAGAGCGGCGGCUCGUACAGCCGCGAAUCUUCCACGAUGCUGGUGCCGCCCGACAUGCUGGCCGCCCAGAGCAAGAUGGUGUACCAGAUCAACAAGUAUUACACGGAAAAGGUGCAGACGAGGAAGCUGCAGAUCAGCAAGACCAUCCAGGAGGUGUGCCGCGUCGUCCAGGACGUCCUGAAGGAGGUCGAGGUGCAAGAGCCCAGGUUCAUCUCCAGUCUGACCGAUUACAACGGGCGUUACGACGGCCUGGAGGUCAUAUCGCCCAUAGAGUUCGAGGUGGUCAUCUAUCUGAACCAGAUGGGCGUUUUGAAUUUCGUGGACGACGGCACUUUGCCCGGUUGCGCGGUUCUGAAGUUGUCCGACGGCAGGAAGCGGUCGAUGUCGCUGUGGGUGGAGUUCAUAACGGCUUCCGGUUACCUGUCGGCGAGGAAGAUGAGGUCGAGGUUUCAGACCUUGGUGGCUCAGGCGUGUGAUAAGUGUUCCUAUCGCGACUCCGUCAAGAUGAUCGCGGAUACCACGGAGGUCAAGCUGAGGAUCAGGGAGAGGUAUAUAGUGCAGAUAACGCCGGCCUUUAAGUGCGCGGGACUUUGGCCGCGUAGCGCGGCCCAUUGGCCUCUUCCUCAGAUACCCUGGCCUCAUCCCAACCUAGUCGUCGAGGUGAAAACCGAAGGUUUCGACCUAUUAUCGAAGGAGUGUAUAACCUUACAGGGCAAACAGAGCGCGAUGGAAGGUGAUGCUUGGGUCCUGUCCUUCAUCGAGGCCGAAAAUCGACUGUUGCAGGGCGGCUGCAGGAAACGAUGCCUCAGCAUCCUGAAGACCCUCCGAGAUAGGCACCUAGACCUGAUCGGCAACCCCGUGACCAGCUACCACAUGAAAACCCUGCUGUUGUACGAGUGCGAGAAGCAUCCGAGAGAGUCCGAAUGGGACGAGUCCUGCAUAGCGGACAGGAUCAACGGGAUCUUCCUGCAACUCAUCUCCUGUCUGCAGUGUCGAAGAUGCCCCCAUUAUUUCGUGCCGAACGUUGAUUUGUUCAAGGGGAAAUCGCAGAGUGCCUUGGAAAACGCCGCGAAGCAAGUUUGGAGACUGACCAGGGAGAUGUUGACGAACUCCAGAUGUUUCGAUAAGUUAUAAUGUGAAUAGUGCAAGAACGAUCGUUGGUUCAGUACAAAUCGAUGAAUACUUGUUGAGAUAUAUAAUGAUCUUAUUUAUUCGGUAUGCGAUAAGAGACUUCUCGAGAGGGAGAGAGAGAAAACUGCCAGUAAACCUUUUUUUUUAUUCGAGACUGUGAUCCGAGGUUUUUCGUGAAAUGUUAUUAUUGGUAUGGUAUAUUUUGUAUAUUACUAAUUAUUAUGAAUAAAACUUAUUUAUACUUCA